AGUACUAAAUCGGCAGCGUAAGAGGAUUGCACUUUGUGGAAUCUCGCUCGUACAUUCCGCUUAUCGUCCUCCGCAAACGUAGAAUUCACAGCCUUCCCUUUGGCGGAUUUCUCCGAAAUGUUGUCUCGCAGACAAUCCUAAAAAUCCCUGGAAAUCAUCUGAUUUUUUUUUAAACAUCUGUCUGGGAUCUCUGACAGCUGCACUGAGCAUAAAUUAAUAGGAAAAUUUAAAACAUUUGUGCGCUUUUUUUCUGCCACCUGCCACGACAUGAGAUAUCUGUAUUUUGCAUAGCUGAAAACAAAAUGUGUUCAAAGAGUGAGAAAAAAAUAAAGCGAGUUUACAAAUUUAAUUUACUAUAUAGUAAUUGUGUUCAUUGAAAUAGCCGUGGAUAAUUUUCAAUAAACUGAAAAUUCAAUUAACAAGUCCGUAAUCAAGUCCCUCCCCCCAAAUUAAUUUUAUUGCAUUCUUCUUCCGCGUAUGCACAACACGUUUCACACUAACCCCACACCCACCACCCCUUCAUUCCAACCACGAGUUUUUAUAUAAUAAUAAAAAAUCAACAAUAAAAACCCCAUGAUAGUCGUGUGAAAUAAAAACAUCAGUGUAAAAGCGGAAAAAUAUAUUGAAUUUUGUGCCCCAUAGAGUCCAUGAUCUUUCCCCCCACAUUGUUCGCACAGUGGCCCUCAGAUAAAUUUCAUUAGUGCGGUGAAGAGUGACCAGAAAUUGCCGCGAGUGAGAAUUGUACUGAUUUGUUCAGCGCGGAUCAAUUAGUUGCCAUUCGUAUGGUAAAAUACUGAAGUGGCAAUAUACACAAAAUUAUACUUCUCACAUACAAUUCGGAAACGCUGCAGCACGCGGAAAUAUACGUUGGAGAGGAGCACCAUCUUCGGGACGAGUAAACAUCCCCAUCGCAUUGACCUCGAUCGUUGAAGAAGAAAGUCCCGCAUGGACAGUGUGUGUAUGUGGUGAAAGUGGCUUGGGAAAAGUCGUGGAAAUGUCUGUGAUUUGGGUGAUUUUGUGGUGAGCAUUACUCUCUGCAACAACUAUAUAUACAGCAACUGUCUUACUAAGAAAAUGGUGAGUGGAAGAAAUAUCCCGAGUGCUCCAGUGAAGAAAUGUGUCUUGAUUUUGUGUUGAGGAUCAGGCACAGGAGGGACGAGCUCACAGUCAUAAUCCGUGUUAUUUAUGGGUCACACUAGAGUGGGACAAUUGUGUCGAUACAAAAGUGUGUGAGGCGCCCAAUAAAUUAUCCCUCUGGCUAUUGAGAGACACAAUCAGAGUGGUUGCAUUUCGGAGACGACAGCAAUUUCGGACACAAUUGCCAAAUUUAUCAUGAUGGAGUGGAUAAUCUCAGCGAAACUCUGGCCAAAGACAUUCUUCUGGUUUGCCACACUCCUUCUCCUUCUACGGGACAUAAACAGAGCUGUUUGCCUCAAAAAUGUGAAAAUCACCGUACCCGAAGCUGUCGCAGUGGGGGAUACCGUGACCCUAUCCUGUCACUAUGACCUCGAGGCUGAUGCACUCUACUUAAUUCGAUGGUAUCUCGACUCGGAGGAAUUCUACCGGUAUGUCCCAAAAGAGGAGCCCCCGGCGCGUGUCUUUGAGAUUUCCGGCAUCUCUGUGAAUAUUAACAAAUCAAAUGCCAAUCUCGUGACACUGAGGUCCGUAACGAGGAACCAAACGGGCACGUACCAAUGCGAAGUGUCUGCGGAUGCACCAUCUUUUCACACGGAGGAAGCUCAAGCUAGGAUGCUAGUGGCCGUACUACCGGAAGUUCAACCCUCAAUGACGGUAAAUGGUUUGCGUGUGAUCAACAACAAAAUCCUUGUGCGAAUGGAUGAAAGCCUGAAGAUGAUUUGCACGUCCAGUCCAUCAUAUCCGCCUGUCAAUUUCACAUGGAGCAUCAAUGGAAUAGGCCAUUCGUCAACUCACACGGGUUUCCACAACACCAAUGGUGGUCAAUCGUGGGAGACACGCGAAGCAUGGUCUGAGUUAGUCAUUCAAAUAAACUACAACCUCGUAUCGCCGUAUACCCGCCGCCUCAUCGUACGCUGCGAAACCAACAUCUACACACUAUAUCGCGGUGCAGCUGCCGUGGAGUUGGACUUGAUGGAGGAUAAUCCGUGGUCUUUUGGUGAAAAAGUUAGCCCCACGAUGGAUCAACGGAGCGGAAGUGGCAAGGGCGGUGAUCCGGACAAUUCAGCACUCACCGGAAGUGCCAUCCUCCUAGGUGGAUGUUACAAGUGUUUUAUAUUCCGGACAGUUGUUUGUUUUCUGGUGGUUGUGUUAAUGCUUUCAUAAAUUUAACUUCAAUCCCAUCCCCUUAGUCAUUCCUCCAUUCUCAUCCAACAUCAUUCUCCCCCCAUAGAAGCAUUUUCCAUGGAAAUUUCAUUUUUCACCUCAUAUUUAUUGUAUAGGUAUAUAAAGGAGAAAUGUGCCCACAGAUGGGGUACUCCUUGCAAAAAAAAAUCCAGGGAAAUUUAUUUUAAAUUUUAUAGAUAGACAGAGAGCUUUUUUUUACACCAGAAAGAACAGAAAGUAAAGUAAAGUAAUGUUACAGUUCCUACAAAGAGAAAUUGUUGCAGUGAAGGUGGGAAAUAUUUUUUAUUUCGAUCUCAUUAUUAAAUGAAUUUUAUUUGCUUUAAAAAUAACAAAAAAAAUUUAAUUUAAUUUAAAAAAAUAUAUUUUCCUUUCUUUUAAAAUUCAUUAGCGUGGCAAACUUUCUCUGUAGGUACUGUAAAUGAAGAGCGCUGUACUGAUAUUUAAUAGAGGCUCAGGUAAUAUGUUGUGGAACGAGAAGGUUAAUAGGGAAAAAGCUCUCAAAGAUAGAAAAAUUUGUUAUGCAGUGAAAGGUAAAUGAAAAAAUAUGUAAAACAAUUAAGCUGCUUUAAAGCAUUAUUUAGUGAAUAAUAUUCCAUUUAAAAGAAAAUGUACAGUAGUGACUCACGUAAGAUUAACUAUAAAAGCCCCGACAUUGAAAAAAACAACACUUUUACUGUAAAUAGAGGAUGUAAGAUAUAUAAGAGAAUUAAUGAAAAAAGACUUAUUAAGUGUGUAUAGGGAAAACAUAUUGGGUGGAAACAUGUGAAGGGAAAAAUGUAGAUGAAAAAAAUUGUGAAACAAUAAAUUUUGAAAAAUUAAA